UGUGUGUGAGAGGUGAGGGGUGUGAGGACGUCACUCCUCCGCUCAGGAUGAAGAGCGACUGCAGUGAGUUUACAGCAGUUUUCCUGCGUGAGCUGGACUAAGAAGCAGAGAUCUGUCCACGUUCUCCUAACUUCACCAUGAGACUCAGAGACGGCUGUCUUCUGUUCGCAGUCCUGCUGCUCCUCACACACACCUCACAGCAGCAGAACACUAACAAAAAGAAACCCAGCGCUAAAAAAGACUCAGAUGCUCGAGCCAGCGCUGCUUUGGAGGACCUUCAGCAGCAGAUCAAUGACAUUGUGGAGGAACUGAAUCAUCUAAAGGAGCAGCAGGCUCUGCAGACGGUCUGUCUGAGAGGCAUGAAGAUCCCCGGCAAGUGUUUUCUGGUGGACUCCAUGAAGAAGCGCUAUCACACGGCCAACGAAGACUGCAUCGCCAAGGGAGGAAUCCUCAGCACUCCGCUAUCUUCGGACGAAAACACGCAACUCUACGACUACGUGCGCCAGAGCAUCGGACCAGACGCUGAAAUCUGGCUGGGCAUAAACGACAUGCAAACUGAGGGCGUGUGGGUGGACCAGACCGGCUCGAACAUCCGCUACAAGAACUGGAAGCUCCCGCAGCCUAACGGCGGCAGCGCGGAGAACUGCGCCGUGCUCUCCGCCGGGAAGUGGCUGGACGAGAGCUGUCGCGAGGAGAGAGCGUCCGUCUGCGAGUUCAACAUCGUCUAAGAUCAUCCAGCGCGGCGGUUCUCUUGACCUUAGCUGUCCUUUCCAUUGCACAAUCCUGCUUGCAUUGUGUUUGCUUCGUAAUUGUAUAUUUUUCUCUUGAGGAGAGCAAAGAUUGUCAUUUUACUCCAUAAAAAUGUUCAGAUACAAAAGCUGAUCUAUAAUCAAAGACUGUGACACUGUAAUAAAGGACACAUCUAGUUCAUUUUUGGACAGUCUCCAUUAAGAUCUAGCCAAAAACACACAGAAAACAAAUCCUAAAUUAGAUGUAAUGGUCUUUUAGUAAGAAGUCCAGCCACCUGAUAAAAUCCAGUAGAACGAUGAUUAUUUCAGAUAGCUAGCUUUGUUACUUGUUUAUUUUAUAACAAACUAAUGUCUAGCCUGAUAUAACCUGAACAUAUUUUAUCUCAAUAAAAUGUUUAUCAAAAAAUGUGCUUGUAUGAUAUUUCACACGUUUGGAGUAAAACAGGCCUAUGUGAAAUUCUGCAGAAAAUGUAUAUGCCAAUAAUUUAUAAAAUAUUUUGGAAGAUUUGAUUAUGCUUUCACCUACAAUUGAGUGUUGAAUGUCAGAUCCGUGUAUCACCUACAUUUACUUCUAUCCUUUCUAGUUUUUAAUUUAUUAUAACAAAACAGCAUAGUUUAAUAUCAGCCAUUUAUCAGUUAUCAGGCAUGACAUGAAAAUAAUUAUUAGUUUAUCAAUAUCAGACAAUUUUUAUAUUGGUGCUUCCAUAAUUUUACCAUGUAAAAUGUUUAAUACCUUUCAACAUAUAUUCCACAGAGUUCUGCUGAUUUUUCCUCCAAAUCCAUUGCGGGAAACAUGAAAACUUAAUGUCUUAAUGUGGUCUGUGUGUGAUUACCUUCAUUUCCUAAUAUAUUCUGAACAGAGAGGAAUAUCUAUUAAAACACCUGAAAAUUUAUUUUAGAAACGCAUGGUGUAAACAUACAUAACUGAACAACAGAAACACAUAUGAAACCUGUAGCCUGGAGACAAUCACUGUUAAAACAAAAAAAUAAUAUCCAGUAGAGAAGGGCAUGGCACACUUCCACAAAGGGAUUCGACUCUCAAACGGCUCUGACAAGAGCAUUAAUUCUGUACAUUCAGGCUAAAAGCCCAUAAAAAUCUUUAAAA